AUGCGUUAUAUCACAUCAGGGCACGUCUUAUAUCAUAUCAAUGCACGUCCUAUUGCUGUAACAGAAGUCGUUGGAAUAAGUUCAGAAGACUUAUGUGGUGAUGUGUGCCUCUGCCACGAGCAGGAUGCCUUCUGUGUCUCGAAAUAUUUAGAGCUUGUUAACUGGGAUAGGGAUUUGUCCUACUUGUACAUCAAAGAAUCAAAUGUGACAUCCAUAUUCCUAUCUGAUAUCAAGCCAAAUUUAGUGUAUUUGCAUAUUAUCGACUCGCACGUUGAUAACUUAAAUCAAAGUGGGUCCGCCUUCAUCAACGUCUCGGACAACGCCCUGGCGGACGUCCCGGAAGACGCGUUCGCGUGGUGCGAGGACGUGACGGAGCUGAAUCUGUCGCGCAACAAACUGACGCAGCUGCGCGCGCGCUCCUUCUCCGGGCUGCGCUCGCUGCGCCUGCUGCGCCUCGACCACAACUCGCUGCGCGCGCUGCCCGCGGCCGCCUUCGCCCCGCUGCAGGCGCUGCGCCUGCUCGACCUGCGCGCCAACCUGCUGCAGGCGCUGCAGGCGGACGCCUUCGCCGGCUGCGCGCGCCUCGCGCAGCUGCUGCUCGCCGACAACAAACUGCAGCGCCUGCACCCGCGCGCCUUCGGCGGCCUGCCGGCCCUGCAGCGCCUCUUCCUCGACAACAACCUGCUGCUGCAGCUGGACGGGGCGUUCGCCGGCGCGCCGCUGCCCGCCCUGCAGCUGCUCAGCGCCGACAGGAACAGCCUGCGGCGCCUGCGGGCGGGGGAGCUGCGCGGCGCGCCGGCGCUGCAGGAGCUGUCGCUCAAGGGCAACAACAUCUCGCGCAACAACCAGCUGGAGGAACUGCCGUGCGCGGCCUUCUUCAACCUGUCGUCCCUGGAGGCGCUCCGCCUGGACGGGAACCGGCUCAAGUCCUUCCGCCUGGCGCCGUUCGAGCCGCUGGAGGCGCUCAGGAACCUGUCCGUGGGGGUCAGCGGCGACGGCGGCUGCGAGUGCGGCGUGUUCGCGUGGCUCAGCAGCCGCCGCGUCGCCCUGGAGAUGGACGAGCCUUCCUUGAGCCCAACGUGCGGCGAGCUGUACGCGAUGUUCAGGAACGGCUCGUGGGGGGAGGAGGAGUGCCCGACGGCGGCGGUUGGCGAGUGUCCGUGGGAUCCUACGGAGACCACCCCCACCACCACCACCACCACCACCACCACCACCACCACCACCACCACUACAAGAGCCAGCGCGCCAACCAGUCGCCUUACGUCUCCGAUGGUCGCUGGUGAAAAAAUUCGCUCCGACAAUCCUGCUGUGGCUGCUGGCGUUCCUGGCGAAAACGAUAUGGAAGAGAAUCCGUUCAAAGAAAUACUUUUCUUUGUAUUCGGAUGUAUUAUCGGUGCACUGAUUAUUGGUGUAAUUUCCCUUGUUAUCUGGUAUGUUAGUCGCUCAUUACUUCUUCGCAGCAUUUACUUGCAUUCAUUUAGUCGUUUAACUGGUUGGAAUCACCAACGCGAAGUUUGUGUGCUCCUUCUUGAGGUCAUCAACCUGGUGAGGGGUGUAGCGGUGGGCGGGCAGCCAAAUGAUGUCGAAGGUCGCAUUUUCAUAUCGCGAACUAAAGUUCUGGUCCAGUUCUCGUUCGUUUUUUUCGUGUUCGCGCGUUUCCAAGGCUUCGACAACGUCUUAGGGGCGUACUGUGUGGUGAUGGUGACGACAGCGUCGGCAAUGGCAAAGACGGAUGUGGUAACGAAGACGGUGACGAAUCGUAAUGUAAGUUCCGUGUGGUGAAUUGAUGAGAUGUUUACUACGAAAGUAUAGAAUUUUGAGACAGUGAAGAUUUAUAUAUCGCUGGUGUAGUAUCACGGAAUCACGACGAGAUGAACUGUGAGUAUAAAUUAAAGUUCUCAAUUCGUUUAUCGUCAAUUACGUUAAAAUGACUAAAGAAUGAACAUCUUU